UUCCCCCGUUUUAGAGAAUUAAGUUAAAAAAAGUGGUAUGGUUUGUUUAGAAGCACUAGUACACACAGCCAUAAAACUCAUAAAAAAAUAAAGUGCAAAAAAUAAAAACAAACGCAAAGGGAUCUUUGUCCACAGCCUAGCUUUCGGUAGGGUACUUUGGACGAAAAUUAAACAAAAAGUAAUGCGUUUGUUGUAAUUAAAAUAUUUUUUAUCCAGUUAAAGCCUGCUUAAUAGUCAACUUUACCGACAAAUAAUGCCUUAUUUGUUGUUAAUUCGUCAUUUUCAGGCAUCCUGAAUUUGCCUUAUUUGUGUCUUACCCCAAAGCACCUUAUAAUAACUUAGCGUCCCUAGUAGACGAAUUAUUUAUCAAUAUUGUGAAAAUCGAUAUAUACCAAUAGUGUUUAUUAUAAUAAGCCACGCUCUGAAUAGACUCAAACCGAGUCUUAUCUGCAUUGACGAGCUUCGAUUCAUUUAAAAUAUCUCUGUAUUUGAGAUUUACAGGUCUGAAAUACAAUAAUUAAUAGCAAAUAAAAAUAUUAAUUCCACAUUGUCCAAAUAGAUUGAUUCACAGCAUGAAUUGGAACGUAACUUAAGGAUGGGGUUGCCAUAGAUUUUCUCAAUGCACUUAUGUGUGGCUACAUAAAUUAUAAAAUAUCCCCCAAAUGAUGUUCAAAUAAGAAAAGAAACAAUUUCUAACAUCUAAAAAUAAAAUAAAAUGAUGAUGAAUUAGGUUUAUUUACCCUCUAUCGAUCAAUAUAUACUUUAUGCUUGGUUAGAGAUAAUUUGAAUAAAAUAUCAGCCUCCAUACAAAAAAAAAUUCUCCUUUGAUGUUUUGUAUUUAUAUCUUCUCUCGUUUUGUUUAUAAAAAACGAAUUACUAAUUAUAUGUAUAAAUUUUUGCGUAUCUUUAAUAAUAUUGUUUUGACAUGACAGCUUCCUGUUUACCUGUGACGUCACAUUAUCACAUACCGGUAAACUGACCCUGUUGCGACGACAAAUAAUUACAGGGCGUUUUCGUCGUUCAUUAAAUUAAUAAAAAUGUUGCAUUUUUCUUUACGUUAAUUCACUAAAGCGAAACAUAUUUUGUCUGCAGAUUUUAAAAAAUAAACUUUAUUAGAUUAUUACUUAAUAGGAGCUUGACCACAACGCGCAACUUAUUUUUAAUAGUAUCAAAUACCCUAUAGCUUUACGUGUAAAGACAAUAAACAUGACAUUGGCGGAAUUGUGUAAACGCAAAUAGGCCAUGAAUUAAAAAAGAAAAAGAAGACGAAAACAGAAAUUGAUAUAGUUUGUUGUUUUGGAGAAGAUACUGAAUAUAAAUCUAGAAAUUAUUACUUACUAAGUAGGUAAUUUGUGAUUUAAUACAGAUGAUGCGACAGUGUGUUUUAAGGUGUCUCAUAGAUUCACACGCACCUAUCAAGCUGGUUCAUAAUGCAGAAGUAACCAUAGGUCGUAGUAAAAUUACUAAAAUUAAAGAUCAGUCUUGCUCUCGUCAGCAAUGUAAGUAUGUUUGUAUAUCAUUCUUUCAGUGUGUAACAUCUUUUACAGCUAGUUGCACAAACGCCCAUUUAAAUAGUCAUUAGUUUAAACUGGCAUUACCCAUAAUUGAAUUUGACAUUCAUUCGGUACGUAGCACAAACGACCAAACUUUGCGCAGAGGCAAUAUCGUAACCAAUGAGGUUAAUCCGAGGUGCGAUUAUUGCUAGUUGAAAACUUGCACAAACGACCAUUAAGGUUUAAUGACGCUUUUAAGGUCUAACGAAUAUCAAAAUUUUAUGGGUAAUGUCACUUUAAAUUAAUGAACUACUGGCUAAUUAGCGCUUAAAGGCGUCAUCAAACAUUAAUGGUCAUUUGUGCAACUGACUGUUACAAUUUUUAAUUAAUGUAUGUAUUCAAUUCAAUAUUUAUAUGUACUACUGUUGUGACUAAAUUAAUAAAUUUAUUUCUAUCUGAUCUUUUUUCAUUAAUUGUUAAAUAACUUCAGGCGUCAUUAAACCUUAAUGGUAAUUUGUGCAACUGACUGUUACAAUUUUUAAUUAAUGUAUGUAUUCAAUUCAAUAUUUAUAUGUGCUACGUACUACCAUUGUGGCUAAAUUAAUAAAUUUAUUUCUGUCUGAUCUUUUUUCAUUAAUUGUUAAAUAACUUCCCUGCAGUUAUAAGUUAUUGUCAAUUUAAUUAAUGCGUACCAACAUAAUAUAUUUAUAGUAAAACUUAAAGCUGAUUGUGAAGAAUGUUCUGUGGAAAUAAUACAACUUGGAAUAAAUCCAUCUGGUCUCGAUGGAUUUGCUAUGAAACAAAACAUACCUUAUAAGAUUGGUCAUGGAAGUAAAAUUGAAGUUUUAUUCAAUCAUUAUAUUCACAUUAUUGAGUUUGACCCACCACCAGAGGAGUGCGAUAAUAAAAAAAACUAUAAUAAAAGAAAACUUGACAAUGAUGAAUCUACUUAUCAUAGUAAGAAAAUAAAAGUAGAAAAAGAGAGUGAAAACAAAGACUGUUAUGAAACAAAGGAAGAUAAAUGGGAAGAAAUUGAUAAUGGAGAAUUAUACAUAUAUACACCCAAAGGUGUAAGAUCUAGUAUGAAAAUAGCAGCUUUCGAUAUGGAUGGUACGUUAAUCAAGACGAAAUCUGGCAAAGUACAUCCUGUUGACAUAAAUGACUGGCAGAUAGCAUUCCCAAAUGGAACAGAAAAGCUUAAAGCACUACCAUCUCAGGGAUACAAAGUUGUAAUACUAACUAACCAGGCAGCCAUAGGCAAUGGCAGAGUGAAGAUUGGUGAUUUCAAGAAAAAAAUUGAAAGUAUUGUGAGUAAACUGGCUGUACCGAUUCAAGUAUUUUUGGCAACUGGCAAAACAUUUUACAGAAAACCAGCAACUGGUAUGUGGAAAAUUUUAACUGAACAAAAAAAUGAUAAUUUGGCAGUUGAUAAAGAUGAUAGUUUCUAUUGUGGUGAUGCUGCAGGCAGAGCAGCCAAUUGGGCUCCAGGAAAAAAGAAAGAUCAUUCAAUGGUAGAUAAGUUGAUGGCUGAAAAUUUGGGUUUGAAAUUUUACACUCCUGAACAAUUUUUCCUUGGACAUUCUAUUGCUAAUGUACCUAUGAUAAAACCUUCAUUUAUACCCAAGGAAAUCACAACUGAACCAUUUAAUGAUAGUUUAAUAAGCAAAGAAAAAGAAAUACUUGUUUUAGUUGGAUUCCCUGGCAGUGGUAAAUCAUUUCUAUCCAAACAAAUUGAGAAAAGGUCAAACAAUCAGUAUGUUGCUGUGUGCAGAGAUAUACUAGGUAGUUGGCAAAAAUGUGCUACAGAAGCUACUAAAUUGUUAGAGAGAGGUAAAAGUGUUAUUAUUGACAGCACCAACCCUGACUUGGAGUCUCGAUCAAGAUGGACAGCACUAGCAAAACAAAUGAAUGUGGAGUGCCGAUGUGCAAAAAUGGCAACAUCAAUGGCGCACGCACAACACAAUAACAAGUUCAGGGAGCUGAUGAAGAUAAAUCAUGUGCCCGUUAACAACAUAGUUUUUCAUUCCUACAAGUAAGACACAAAUCCUCAUCUUUUUACUGAUAUCUUAUAUUUUAAAGCUGAGAACCGUCAAAAAGUUAAAUAGAAUUAAGGGUAGUUAUGCAGCUGCAUUCACAACCUGAUCCUAGCAGAUGUUUUGAUUACAGAAUAUUUUUUUAAUAUGGAAAAAUCUAAUGUCAUAGUUUUAGCUAUCAUAUACAUCCGAAACAGCUUGAACUAUAUUGAUCAGUUGGUCUGACGAUAGUUUGUUAUCUAUUUUUUAUAGUAGGGUGGUUUACCUCUAUCGAUAUGGCAAAACAACGUUUGCCGGGUUAGCUAACAAAUUU